AUGAAGAUCCUUAUCAUCACAUUUAUCCUAAUCCUUUGGACUGAAACACUGGCACAUCAGAGCCCAGAACCGGGUCCUGAGUAUGCAGAUGUUGUGUUUCUGGUGGACAGCUCUGAUGAGCUGGGAACCAAGUAUUUUCCUUUUGUGAGAACCUUCAUCACCAGGAUGAUCAACAGUAUGCCCAUAGAGACCAACAAGUACCGUGUGGCCCUGGCCCAGUACAGUGACAUGCUGAAAGAAAAUUUCAAACUGAGCAAAUUCAAGAGCAGGAACCCCAUGUUGAACUACCUCAAGAAGAACUUCGAGUUCCUUGGUGGCUCCCUGCGGAUAGGAAAUGCUCUUCGAGAAGUUCACAGGACCUAUUUCUCCGAGUCCACAAAUGGCAGGGAUAAGAAGGAGUUUCCCCCAAUUUUGGUGGUCCUGGCUUCAGGCGAGUCCCAGGAUGAUUUAGAAGUGGCUUCCCAGGCCCUACAGAAAGAUGGGGUGAGGAUCAUCUCUGUGGGCAUGCAGAAGGCAUCUGAGGAGGAACUGAGAGCCAUGGCCACAGGUUCUUUUCACUACAAACUUCGGACAGUCAGAGACCUCAGCACGUUUUCCAGGAACAUGACACAGAUUAUCAGGGAUGCAACUAGGUAUAAAGAAGAUACAACCAAGGAUGACCAAAUAGGUGAGGAAUCUCUGAUUUGAGAAGGCACCUGUCACAUUACCCCCUCCCCACCUCCCACCCCCCACCCUGGCCCUUUCAUUUUUUCUGGGAUAGCUAUUUGUGAUAAUCAUCCUACUUUUUCUCUCUCCAUAGUUCCCUUGUCUGUAGUUUGUCAAAGAGAUUCACUUGCUGACAUUGUGUUCCUGGUGGAUGCAUCAGUUGGGUCCAUGCAAAAUUUAAGGCACCUGCAGAACUUCCUGAGGAACAUUGCUACUUCCCUGGAUGUGAGUAACAACUGUGUCCGGCUAGGACUGAUGAGUUACAGCAACAGAGCCGAGAUUGAUUCUUUUCUAAAGUCAAGCACAUCCAAGUCUGAAUUUCUGCAGCAAAUUCAGAAGCUUUCUAUCCGGGCUGGAAGAUCCAAUGCUGGGACUGCUGUUGAGAAGAUGAGUCUAGAAGCCUUCUCAGAGUCCAGCGGUAGCAGAAGGAAACAGGGCGUGCCUCAGCUGGCAGUCCUGAUCACUCACAGACCCUCAGACGAGAGUGUGCGGGAGGCGGCACUGAAUCUUCGGCUGAAGGGCAUCUCUGUGUUCGCUCUGGGCAUCCAGGGGGCUAACAACACCCAGUUGGAAGAGAUAGCAUCAUACCCGCCAGAAGAGACGGUGUCCAAAUUGCAGUCCUAUGCAGAUUUGGAAAGUUACAGCAAGAAAUUCCUGAAAAAGAUCCAGAAUAAAAUAUGGUUCCAGAUUUCUGCUCGUGCUGAACACAGGGAUAUUGAGAAAACUGGGUGUAUGGAUACAAAAGAGGCCGAUAUCUAUUUCCUCAUUGAUGGCUCAUCCAGUAUCCAGAGUACACACUUUCAGCAAAUCAAGAUAUUUAUGUCAGACAUGAUAAAAAUGUUCACCAUUGGCCCAGACAAAGUUCGAGUUGGAGUUGUACAGUAUUCACACAAGACUGAGGAGGAAUUUGUUAUUGGUGACUAUUCCACUGAAGUGGAUUUACAAAAAGCUGUUUAUAACAUCAGGCAGCUAAAAGGCAGGCCUACUACUGGGGCAGCACUGAAUUUUAUGCUGGAAAAAAUAAGGAAGGGAAGGACACAGAGGUCAAUCCAGGUUCCUCAAUACCUUAUUGUGCUAACCAGUGGGAAGUCCACAGACAGCGUCCUAGAGCCUGCUAAGAACCUAAGAGCUGAGCACAUCACUGUUCAUGCAAUUGGCAUUGGGAAUGCCCAGAAAACACAACUACAGCAGAUUGCUGGGAGAGAAGAAAAGGUUCACUUUGGGCAGAAUGUUGAUUCUUUACAACGCAUAAAAAAUGAAAUUGUGUAUAGAAUCUGUGCUGAAAAAGGAUGUGAAAACAUGAAGAUUGACAUCAUGUUUCUGGUGGACAGUUCUGGCAGUAUAGGCAAUGAAAAUUUCCAGAAAAUGAAAACCUUCAUGAAAAGACUGUUAGAAAAGACUGAAAUUGGGCCCAACAAGACCCACGUAGGCGUGGUCCAGUUUAGUUAUGACAGCAAAGAAGAGUUCCAGCUGAACACAUAUUUUACACACCAAGAAGUUUAUCGUGCCAUCGACAGGAUGGUUCUCAUCAGCCAAGGCACUAACACAGGAAAAGCACUAACAUCUCUGCUCCCUUACUUCACCCCCGCCAGGGGUGCGCGAGCCGAGGUCAGACAGUUUCUCAUUGUCCUCACCGAUGGAGAAGCCCAAGACAGUGUGGGCGCACCUGCCCUGGAGCUCAGGAAUAGGGGCGUGAUUAUCUUCUCUGUGGGCGUAUACGGCGCCAAUCGGCCGGAGCUGGAGGAGAUCAGUGGGGACAGCAGCCGAGUGUUCCAUGUGGAGGACUUUGAUCUUCUGGAGGGCAUCGAAAAGCAGCUCAUCUUCCAGGUGUGCGCACUGCACGAUUGUAAAGACAUUGAAAUGCUAGAUGUUGUAUUUGUCCUGGACCAGUCAAGCAGCAUCGGGCCACAGCAGCAAGAAAGUAUGAUUAAUCUAACAAUCCACUUGGUGAGAAAAGCGAAUGUUGGCAGGGACCGGGUUCAGUUCGGAGCUCUCAAGUACUCAGAUAGUCCUGAGGUUAUUUUCCACCUUAAUAAAUACUCCAGCAAGUCAGCCAUCAUUGAUAAUUUGAUGCAAUACAAGAGCAGUGGAGGGAAUACUUACACUGCCAAGGCUCUCAAUUACUCAAAUACCAUGUUCACGGAGGAAUAUGGCAGCCGCCUCAAGCAAAAUGUGAGGCAGAUACUGAUCAUCAUCACUGAUGGGGAAUCCCAUGACAGAGAGGAGCUUGACAGUGUAGCCCUGAGAUUAAGGGACAAAGGCAUCACCAUCUAUGCGGUGGGUGUAGGAGAGGCUAAGCGAGAUGAACUUGAGGCAAUGGCAGGAGAUAAAAACAAAGCCAUCCAUGUAAAUGAUUUUAAAGAACUGGAAAAAACCUACCUGUUACUCCAAGAAGAACUGUGUCAAAGUUCAUCAGAAGUUUGUGAUGAAAAAGCCGAUGUGAUUUUCCUUUGUGACAGCUCCAAAGAAGUACCUGCCAUAGAGUUUUCUAAAAUCAAAACUUUAUUGUCAAACCUACCUGAGAUGUUUGAACUUCAGUCCCAAAAAAUUAGAAUCGGAGUGGCCCUUUUCGGGAAUCACUACAAGGAAAUUAUCCAUUUGGGGGAAUUUCUGACAAAAGACAAGUGGAACGCUGAAAUCCAAAAGCUGAAGGAGACUAACUUCAAUUUUGAUGUCUAUAUUGCCCUUCGCCAAGUGGCAUAUAUGUUUGACAAAGUCCGUGGUGGGAGAAGAGAGGCAGGUGUCCCUCAGACCUUGGUGGUGAUCUCAAGCCGGCCUCCCAACAGAGAUGUGUCAGAGGCAGUGAAACAGCUGAAAGAUCUGAAAAUCCACAUCCUGGUUCUGGGCAUCGGAAAUCAUCCCAAGGACCAGUUUCUACCAUUAACAGGGGAUUUCGAUAAAAUAACCAUCUUGGAAAACUUUGAUCAAUUAAAUGUUGUCAAACAGAAAAAGAGAAUUGUUCGGGAAAUCUGCCAGAAUGAUGAGCCGAGUGAGUGUACCGUGAACGUAGUGGUCGGCUUUGACAUUUCCACUCAUGUACGGGGGCAGCGCCUAUUGGACGGCCACUCCCGGCUGGAAUCAGCUCUCCCAGACAUCCUGGAGGAAAUCUCCUCCAUCAGCGGGGUGAGCUGUGGGGGAGGCUCUGAGGUGCAGGUGGCUAUGGCCUUUAAGGUGAGCAGUGAUCAACAAGGCCCUGCCAAGUUCUGGAUUUACCAGAAGGAGCUAUUCAACCGCCUGCUGCUGCCGGCUACCGUGACUGGUCCGAGCCAUUUCAACGUGCCGUUCCUGCAGUCGCUGUGGGAUACCUUUGGAAAUACAUCCUCAUCCCAAGGACAGGUGCUGCUCAUUUUCUCAGAUGGUCUUGGGGAUGAAAGCGCCAUGUUGCUCGAAGAAUAUUCUGACAAGCUCAGGGCAGCAGGACUUGAUGCUCUGCUGGUGGUGUCCCUGAACACAAAUGCUCAUGAGGACUUUUCCUUCUUUGAGUUUGGAAAAGGUUUCGAUUAUAGGACUCACCUGAACAUUGAAAUGAGGGACGUGGGCACAAUGCUGGCACGGUAUCUGGGAAACACUGCCGAGAGGACUUGCUGCUGUCAAUUUUGCAAGUGUGUAGGGCCACGAGGAGAUCGUGGGAUUCCAGGACAACAGUUGGAAAAGGGACGUCCAGGUCUCAAAGGCAGCAGAGGUCACAGGGGAGAGGAUGGAGACCCUGGAACAAGGGGAGAAACAGGACCUGCAGGAGAAAAGGGGGUUGCAGGAUGUUCAGGGGAAAGGGGGCAGAAGGGAAUCAUAGGCAUACACGGACAUAAGGGAGAACCUGGAGAGCAUGGGGUCGAUGGGGUCGAUGGGGAAGAGGGAUUUCAUGGAUUUCCUGGAGUAAAGGGAGAAAAAGGUGACCCAGGAUCCCAGGGAAGCCCUGGUUCCAGAGGUCCCCCUGGGGUACGUGGAGAGAAAGGAUUCCCAGGAAAUCCAGGUGAACCAGGAAGAGACAGUCCCAUCAAAGGACAAAAGGGCUCCAAAGGAGAACAAGGCAGACAGGGUAGAACCGGCCAGAAAGGGGCAAACGGCAGCCCUAAUUCCAGAGGAAUGAGGGGAAGAGAAGGCCAAAGGGGGAACCCAGGUGCCCCGGGGGAGCCAGGAAGUCGUGGACCAAAAGGUGAACUCGGAGCUGAAGGAUUACAAGGCCUGCAGGGACCGCGUGGACCUGAUGGGAGGAAAGGAGAGAAGGGAGGUCACGGACACAAAGGGCCUCAGGGUUCUCCUGGUCCCCCGGGGCUGAAAGGAAGCAUUGGAAGUCCCGGAGCUUUGGGGAAAAAAGGAGAACCUGGAGUUCUUGGGAAUCCAGGGCCGUUGGGGCAAAUGGGACAUCGAGGAAAACAGGGAGAUGAUGGCAUCCCACGUUAUGGUCAGAAGGGCCGAAAAGGAAUAAAGGGUCCAAGAGGAUUCUCUGGAGAGAUGGGGGAAAAGGGUGGUAUUGGUGAUCCUGGAGCUCCUGGGGUAACCGGACCCAAGGGAUUUAAGGGACUGGUGCAUGUGACAGGCUCCAAAGGUGAACCAGGAUCUCGGGGAAGCCCCGGCCCUCCAGGUCGGAAAGGUCCGAAAGGCUUGCCAGGGGUGCCUGCCUAUUCUCUAUGUGAUCUGAUUCAGUUCAUGCGGAAGAGUAGUUGUAAGUAUCAGUAGAGGUGUCCAGUGUAUCCAACAGAGCUGGUAUUUGCCCUGGACCAAUCCAUUGACAUUGGAGAAUCAAGAUUUAAUGAAAUGCGUGACCACAUCAUUUCCAUUGUGGAAAGCCUUCACACUAGGACAAAUAACUGCCCUGUGGGAGCAAGAGUGGUGGUGGUUUCCUAUGAUUUCCGCACCCAUUAUCUUAUCCGUCAGUUUGACUACCACAGCAAGAAACAACUCCUCCAACUUCUUUCCCAGAUUAAAUAUCAACCUCGGACAGGGCCUGAAGACAUUGGUAGCGCAAUGAGGUUUGUGGCCCGGAACGUGUUCAAGAGGACCCCUGCUGGGGUCAAUGUGAGGAGGGUGGCCGUGUUUUUCAGCAAUGCACAAAAUGUCAGGAUGUCAUCCAUCAUCACAGCCACCAUGGAGUAUAGCGGGCUUGACAUCAGUUUGGCAGUCAUUUCUGUGAAUGAAAGGAUCUUCCUGGAGGCUUUUGAGUUUGACAACACUGGGAUGUUUCAGGUGAUCCCCAGUCCUCCAGGAUUGGAAUAUACACUAGAAAGACUUCAGCGCUGUACACUUUGCUAUGAUAAGUGUUUUCCAAAUCCUUGCAUCAGAGAGAUUUUUUUGCCUGAAGAUUCAUUCAUGGAUGUAGCCUUUCUUGUAGACAAUUCUCGGAAUAUAGCAAGUGAUGAGUUUAAGGCUUUGAAAACUUUGGUGAUCUCAAUGCUUGGCAACUUUAGAAUUGCUUCAAACCCUUUAGACCCAAACUCUAGAGGCGAUAGGAUUGCCUUGCUGAGCUACUCUCCUGAGGACAGUUCCAGAGGAAUGAGGAGUGCAAUAAAAGCAGAGUUUGACUUUACAACUUUUAAGAGUCAAGACCAAAUGGAGAACUACAUCCAGACUAACCUCCGUCAGCUAAAUGGAGAAGAAAACAUAGGCUAUGCCCUAUUGUGGAGCAUGACAAAUCUCUUUCCAAGAACACCAAAGUUGAGAAAACACAAGGUCUUCUUUGUGGUGUCAGCUGGAGAAAAUCUAGAGAACAAAAUUUUCUUAAAGAGGAUGGCCCUGAGGGCUAAGUGUCAAGGCUAUGUCAUAUUUGUGAUUUCCCUGGGCUCUACACAUGUGAAUUACAUGGAGGAGUUAGCCAGCUACCCACCUGAUCAUCAUCUGAUACAACUUGGGAAAAUUCAUAAACCAGAGCUGGAUUAUAUUGUGAGGUUUUUAAAGCCAUUUGUAUACUCAGUCAGACGACAAUUCAAUAAAUACCCACCACAAGUGCUCAUGGAAGAAUGCAGAAGCGACUCACAAAGAGGGGAUAACGAUCGCCUCUUUAUUCCUGAGCCACCUGAGAUUUCUUCAGGAGAGAGCGGCUUGAAUGUUCAGGAACUAAGUGCUGAAAAAGACUUGCCUUUUGUGUUAGAGGACAAUGGAAGUAACCAUUUAGUUUACAAUCCAAGUCACAUGAUAAUGCCACAGGGAUUGAUGAUUAAAUAUGAGAAAGAUCAGAAUUCUGAAGAAAUGUCAAGCCUCCAUUCUGGUAAGGAAAUAUAAAGUUAUGGAAAUGUGUA